AUGGACCGUUUCCGGAUGAUCUUCCAGUACUUCCAGUCCAACUCGGAGUCUGUCAUGAACGGGAUCUGUGGGCUCUUGGCCCUGGCAAGUGUAAAGAUGUACACCAGCUUUGACUUCAGCUGCCCCUGCCUGCCCCAGUACAACAUGGCAUAUGGCUUGGGGAUCAUGUUCGUACCCCCCAUCAUCCUCUUCCUGUGUGGCCUCAUCCUCAACAGACAGUCCCUGGUGAUGCUGGAGGAGUGGAGGCGACCACCGGGGCGCAGGAAGAAGGACCUAGCUGUCAUCAGGUACAUGUGUUCCUCCAUCAUGCAGCGAGCCAUGGUUGCCCCUGUGGUCUGGAUCAUAGUCACCCUCCUGGAUGGCAAAUGCCUGAUCUGUGCUUUCAGUGGCUCCAUGGAUCCCCAGAAGUUUGUGGGCUUUGCCAAUGUGAGCACAGUGCAGGCACAGCAGCUGCUGGCCAAGGUGCCCUGCAAGGAUGAGGAGCUCAUGAGGAACACCACGUCCCGCAAGGCAGUGACCAGGUACCUGCGCUGCUGGUCCCAGGCACUUGGCUGGAGCAUUUUGUUGAUCCUGAUCAUAGCAGCUUUCCUUGCCCGCUGGCUCAGACCUUGCUUCAACCAGGCCACACUCCUGCAGGCCCGUCACUGGAGCAACUACAUUGACAUCGAGCAAAAGAUUUUUGAGGAAAGCUGCUGUGAGCACAGCCGGCUCUUUGCUCACAAAUGCAUCCUCCACUUCUUCGAAAGCAUGCGCCAAGAGAUCAAACUGCACAGCUUCAGCUUGCCUAGGGAGGGAGAGGGGCAUGAAGAAGGAGAAGAUCUUCUCCAGGGUAUCACAGAUCAGGACCAGGUGAACAAACUCCUGAAAAUGUGGUACUAUGAGAAACCUCCCCUGGAUGUCAGCCAGGCACACCAGAGGCAUCCCCUGGUGCGAGAGAGAUCCCCUCUGCCCUGGGCAGACAACACCAGCACCCGCUCCAAAUCCCCCCAGCACACCAGUGUGUAA